GGGGGGGCGGGGCAAAGGCGGCCCCGCCUGACUCCAGUUAACCACCGGGUGGGGAAGGGGGGGCCCGGCGGGAACGCUUGGUAUCGGCGGGGGAUCAGCGGGGGCCCCAUGGAGCUGCUGAGGAAAUGGCUGGGCCACCCAGAGGACAUCUACCACCUGCUGCGGUUCAAGAUGGGCGGCUACCGGGCCGUCAUGCCGCGGAUGGACCCGGACUCGCUGGGACGCGGCCUCCGCACCUGCUACCGCUACCUCAACCAGACCAGCCGCAGCUUUGCCGCUGUCAUCCAGGCUCUGGACGGAGAGCUAAGACAUGCCGUCUGUAUAUUCUACCUGGUUCUCCGUGCCCUGGACACCAUAGAGGAUGACAUGACCAUCAGCUUAGAUGUCAAAGUCCCGAUGCUGCACGAGUUUCACUCCUAUCUGUACCAACCAGAGUGGAAAUACAUGGAGAGCAAGGAGAAGGACCGGCAGGUGCUCGAGGACUUCCCCACGAUCUCCAUGGAGUUCAGGAACCUGUCAAAGGUCUACCAGGACGUGAUUUCGGACAUCUGCCACAAGAUGGGUGUGGGCAUGGCGGAGUUCUUGGAGAAGAAGGUGGACUCCCAGCACGAGUGGGAUAGGUAUUGUCACUACGUUGCUGGGCUGGUGGGGAUCGGCCUUUCCCGUCUCUUCUCUGCAUCAGAUCUAGAAGAUCCCAUCGUUGGGCAGGACACAGAACUGGCAAACUCCAUGGGCCUCUUCCUGCAGAAAACCAACAUAAUCCGUGACUACCUGGAGGACCAGCAGGAGGGAAGGGAGUUCUGGCCCAGAGAGGUUUGGAGCAGAUACGCAAAGAAGCUCUCAGAUCUUACCAAACCAGAGAACAUCGAUAUGGCUGUCCAGUGUCUGAAUGAGCUUGUCACCAACGCCCUCCACCACGUCCCUGAUGUCCUUAAGUACUUAUCCCGCCUGAAAAACCAAAGCGUCUUCAACUUCUGCGCUAUCCCCCAGGUGAUGGCCAUUGCCACGUUGGCUGCCUGCUAUAACAACAAGCAAGUGUUCAGGGGUGUUGUGAAGAUCCGGAAGGGACAAGCUGUGACUCUCAUGAUGGAUGCCACCAACAUACAAGCUGUCAAAUCCAUCAUGUACCAGUAUGUGGAAGAGAUCUACCAGAAGAUCCCAAGCACGGACCCAUCGUCCAACAAGACGCAGCAGGUCAUCGCCUCCAUCCGCGCCAUGAGCUCCCCCGGCGGUCCCAUGGUGUCACGCCACCACUACUCGCCCAUCUACCUGUCCUGCGCCAUGCUCCUGGCCGCCCUGAGCUGGCAGUACCUCAGCACCAUCUCCAAGGCCACCGAGGAGUACGUCCAGGCGGGAGAGAACUGAUGGAGCGUGGGGGGCAGAUGUGGUUGGUGGAUGGACAAGAGGUAGGAGGCUCCUGGUCCCCUGCCAGAGGGGACAGCGGGGCAGCGGGUGCCAUGGGGCCGGGGACAGUGAUGAGGAUGUGACACCGGGGAGCUGCAUCCUGAGGGGGACAGCGCGGCAUUGCCAGACCCUGCUCCUUGCUGUCUGCUUGGAUUGUUACAAAAACUAAUCAGAGUCUUAUUGAGGUUUUUUUUCCCUUCCUUCCUGCUGGAUGAUUUACCUGAAAUUUGAUUUUUUUUGUUGUUGUUGUUAGGAUGGUUUUAAGUGGAAACUCCCAUUACCUCUUUUCUUGCUUGAGAUUUGAGACACUUUUCCAGCUCAGAGCUGAGCAAAACCUUCUGGGUUUUGCCUCCCUUUUGUUGUUUGUUUUUGGUUUUUUUAAGCAGCCUCUCCCCCAUGGCCUCCAGUGCCUGUUGCCCACUGGAAAGAUGCUGCUUCAGCCAGGAGAGGAACACGCUUCCUUACGCAGGGAGAAAGUUCUGGCCACCUUCUGGCCCUCAGCCUGGGCUGGCUGACUUGCUCCAGCUUAGCAAGAGGCCGAGGCGAUCCACAUUUGUGUUGUGCUGGAGGCUGCUAGGCUUGAAACAAGCCCUUUUAAUGUUAAAUUUGUAGGAGGUGGGAUGCUCUGUCCGCUGUGAUGCCCCCCCCAGCUGAACAUCACCUAUUGUAGCUCCCUGUCUUCUACCAAGUGCCACACUGCACUUGCACAGCUGCAGAUUUUAGCAGCUGGGGAGGUGGUGAGAUGAAGACAGGAGCUGUUUGCACGGCACUGAGGUGAUAACCCCAAUAUAUGGCACCCCUGUGGGGUCUCAACCCCUUCUGCAGCCCAAGGGGACAGGUGGCCAUGGCAGCAGCUCCAGGGGAAUGAGGGUCUGCACCAUACUGUCCCCCAAGAGGUGGUUUUGGCCACCAAAAAGGCACCAGUGGUCCCUGCUGUGGGGAUGACCCACCGAGGGGGUGGCCAGGACCGGUUUCCUUGGCUCCAGCUCGAGAUGAUGCUUUGGGUUAGACCAGCAUGAACUGGAAGAGGCUUCCGCUGCUGUUUUGAAACUGGACUUACUUCGAGAAGGAAGCGACACUUUAAAGGCAAGCCCUGUUUUCUGAGGGUGGAUGUGUGGUUUUGUGGUCCCUGUCACCCCUAAAUGCUGCUCCUUUGUGAAGGGAGGACAGACACACAGACAGCCCCUGUCCUGGAGCUCGGUUUGGUGGCCUUGGCAAGGCCAAGCUGUGUCCAGACUGCUCCUCAGAGGCAGGACUCCUACUCCACAAGUACCCCUGUAGAUAGUUUUAAGCUGUUGUUCAAACAAACUUUGUGCAGCUUCCUGUCUUGUUUAAAUUAAAGUUUCCUUUGGGAAAAAAAAA